AUGUGUGAAAUAGGAAAAAUGAAUAAGGAGAUAGCUAAUAUCAUCUUUCAGGAAAGCGGGCUUGGAAACGUAGUCUCUGGUGAGGAUAAACCUGUAACUGGAGAAACAUACUUUUCUGCGGUCAAUACAAUCUUCGAAAUCCUUCUAGAUGACGAGAAAUAUCUAAAGGCAGUCAUAAACUUCGAAACCAAAGAAUAUAACUCUGCACAUCCUCAGAAAGAAUCAGAGAGAGUACCUGGAAUGGAAAGCAAAACUCUAGAGGUCAUGAAACAAGUUCUUCAUUCAUCGAAACGUCUUCUAUUUGAGAAUCCAGAUGGCCUGUUUGAAAUAAAGAGAUGGAAUCCAAAUAAUGUCCCUGUGUCCAUGGAAAACUUUAUGGAUUCAAUUUCAAGGGAAGUGGGAAAGUCCAUUCUAGGAGAUGACUGCAUUCCUGGCUUCAUGAUCCUCUAUAAAACAGGAAAGUACCAUGACAUUACAUCUCUUAUAGAAGAAAUCCCCGAUAGUUCAGCCAUCCUUGGUCUUAAGAUCACAGUUCCGAUAUAUGCGCGGUGGGGUACUCUAAGAAAUCCCACUACUAAUAUAGCCACCUAUGUGCUUCUGACCAUAUUUUGCAUCCGCCUCAAAAUAGAGUCUUAUGUUCUUCAUCUAUACUCCUCAAUAUGGUCCUACUCCUGA